AUGAUCCAUAUAUGGAACCUACUUGUGCUCAUGGCUGUGAUGGGCCAAACCACUGCCAUGCCAACAUCCCCUGUGUCACCUCUGCUGAAAAGAAGUGUCACAUGUCUCACGGUGGGUGCGUCAGCAACGGCAACAUGGACUAACGCAGCGGGGCAAAGCUGCUCAUUUGUCGGAGUUGUCGGUAGUAAUUACGGGACGAACGCGGCUGGCGGCGACUAUUCGUGCAACGGACGGUGUGGCGCCGGUUGCUCUGGGGUGGGCCUUGGGAAUGUCUACAGCCAAGAUUGUUUCUCGCACGAUAUCUGCUCGUACUUCAACAACGCUUCAGGUGGCGCCAGUGACCCGAAUUGUGGCGCGGCGUACAACGCUGCGCAAGACGAUUACUUGCUCGGCGCCGCGAAUGGCUGCUCCAAGACAAACCCAACCAACUCUGCGGUUGCGCCGAGCACGACUCCAAAGUGCAGCUGA